AUGUACGCACAAUACGUCAAAGUGAUCAUCACAUUAGAACGUCUCGCCAAAGUCCGAAAUGAUCCCUAUCCUCGAUUAUUACUUCUCUUAUUUAUCGUCUUUAUAUUUCUUCAUGCUUUGGAAAUGUACAUUGCCAACAAACUCACACUCUACGAUCGAUUUGAGAAUAUGUUUGCGAAUAGUGUUUUUAUUUCGUUUAUUUGGCCAAAUUUUGUUCCGGCGCAAUUAAGGAAAGUUGCAAGUUUACUUUAUCAAAUUACACGAUGGAAUGUGUGGUUGAAUAUUCAGGGCAUGUUUGAUGGAAUGGAUCGAUUUGUAGAGAAGUAUAUCGCACCGAUCACUAGAAUUGUGCUUUUCAUGUUAAUGUCUUUUACGAUUUUGAAAAUUAUACAGGUGCAAUUUUUGAGUGUUCAAGAGAAUGUGGAGAAAGAAGAAAUUCUUGUAACUGUUGAUGGAUCAUAG